CGAGCAAAAAUAUUCGAUUCAUUUACAACCCUACUUCAAACCCCGCCAAAUAAAGGGACACUUCGCCCGAGUGGCUGCAGAGGUGAAGUUGUGGGAGAAUGUUUGGGUGGAGGUUUGCGCGAAGUGGCUUUCCGGGCAUUCCGACUACAUGCUCCAACAGAAGGCCCAAGUCAUCUUCCAAGCUAGGAGCCUCACUUCUGGCCCCUUCAACUACUGGAAUGCAUGGAGGAUGCUCCGAAUCAACCGGAGGUUCAAGUACAUGUACCUUGAGGGCGACGUCCAUUCAUCCAAGAGGACAAAGACUUCGGAGACGGGCGACUUCACCACCUCGGCGUCGGGCGAGGAGAUCACGUCUUCCCGGCCAAUUGGAAACAAGGCGGCGAAGACGGCAGCGGGAGCGGCGAAGGGGAAGGGGAAGGCUUCGCAAAGCUCGGAGCCUCCACCGUAAUACACGGAGAGGUUGGAUAGAUCGGACGACAAGCUGGAAAAAAUCAUCGGCGAGUACACCAAGAAGGACGAGCUGAAGAGGGAGAUCCACGACGAUCGAGUCAUGUUCGUGAAGACUUCCGACAUGACUCCGGAACAGCUCAAAUGGCACAAGUAACGGGUGGCAGAGAUCAUAGCUCGGCGAAGGGCCGGUGGAAACUAGAUACUCCCUCCGUCCACUAAUUCAUGACCUAAAUAGCAAAACACGGAUUUUAAGAAAAAGUGUAUUUUUAUUAGUUGAGUGGAGAAAGGGAUCCACAAUUAAUGUAUUGUUUUGGGACCCACCAAUUAAAUAUAAAUAAAAACUUACUAAAAAUGGAUAGGCCUUGAGUUGGUGGACGUCCCAAAAAGGAAAGAAAGCCUUGAAUUAGUGGACGAAGGGAGUAGGUUUUAAUUAUGUAAUUUUUAAUUAUGUUUUUAGAUUUUAAUUAAGUAAUUUUAAAUUAUGUCUUUAGUUUUUUUUUAAAUAUAAUUUUUAGGAUUUUUAACAUUAAUGAAGUUUAAUUUUAUGUAAAUUGUGUUAUUUAAAUGUGUGCAAUUAAAAUUAAAUGAAACAUAAAAAAAUCAAAACUAAAAAAAUCAGGUCAGCUAUUAUGUCAUCCUACUACAGUCUUCUUCACCCAAUGUGGUCCCCCCCUCUAUCAGGUCACCCUCAAUAAACAUAUUACCCUCAAUAAACAUAUUUAUCAUAUAUAAAUAUUACUAUUAUUAUUAUUAUUAUUAUUAUUAUUAUUAUUAUUAUUAUUACAAAAUAGCAACUAAGGAUAUUAUUACAAUUUUUUUUUUGACGGAUAUUAUUAUUACAAAUUUCACAAAAUGAAUUGAAAUAUUAGUAGGCACUAUAUGGUUUUUCAAUGGUAAACUCUGAAUAGUUGCAUGCGUUUUUUUGCCUUUAAAAAACCGCCUUUGUCUCCACAAGUGUCUCUCUCUCUCUCUCUCACACACACACACAUCUGAUUCCCUUGUUCACUUGUUCCUGCAAUAUGCUCUGAAAUGGAAAAGAAUGAAAAUGUCGAUUUCGUCUUGCCCGAUAGCUGGGCCGCCUCCACACCUCCCGGUUUCCCACCCCAAUCGCUCAAAGCUCGCAGCUCCGCCGCCGCCGGAUUAUCAACAAAUCCAAACCCCUCUUCUAAAGAAAACGAGCCAGUCCAUGGACUAAAUCAAACGCCGCGCCGCCGCACCUGUAGGAAGAGAUCCCGCCCGCAAUUCUACGCGCCUUCAGCUCCACCAAAACUGGCGGCGGCUGGACGCCGCUGCAGAGGCCGCCCGCCUAAAUCAGGAUUCAUAUCUCGGCUUGCGCAUUUAAAGACAGUAACAAGCGAUGGCAAUGGGGUUUCCCCGGUUAGCAAGGACCAGUCAAGCUUGCAAGUAAAUGAUAAUCAAGUGGUUGAACAUGGCUCUCAUCCAUCACCUCAUUCUCUGGUGGGGCUUAAAACAAAUACGAAGAAAAAGACCAGUGAGUCAAGAAUGAACCAGAGGACUAGUUUUUGUGCUCAUGAUAUUGAGGAUAUACUUGUUGAUAUAUCACUCACUGAAGUACCUAAUGAAAGAGCUCGGGGUGUCGGCCACAAUAACCAGAUAAGCGAGGGCAUUGACUCAAAGAUCUGGCAACACGUUGCGAAUGCUCUACAGUAUAUGACCGGGAAUCAAACUGCGGUGGCUGAUGCAAAAGUAAUGCCAAGAUCCUCUGGUUUCAACCCCAGUCUUGUCCACACACUUGAGGCCAUUAACAAGAAGCACGGGGAUAUCACUCGGGGUUGUUUGUUGGAAUCGGAUUGUAUGAAGACCGUUGUUCUGCUUGGCAUAUGUAAGGUGGUGCAAGAUCUACAAAGGAAACAGUUAAAAGACCUCGACAUCAAUGGUUUGAAUUCUUAUUACACUGCUGUUAGGGAUGCAGAGAAUAUGAAGGUGAAUGUGCAGUGGCUACGCAGCCGGCUUGAUGAGAUUGGAGAUGCUUGUAAAUUGUCUGAUGGAGCAAAAAGAUUGAUGGAUGAAAGGGAUAGGCAAGUCGGGAACAUUGACGAAACGAAGAAAAAGCUCUCGCAGCGGAGAGUUGAUUUAGAGAGGCUUCAAUCUGAAGUUCAAGGUAUUGAGGAGCAGCUGGUUCAAGAGCUUGUGUUGGUGGAAGAGUUGAACAAGAAAUUCAGCAACCAACUGUCAAAAAUAUCACGAUUCCGGCAUGCAAACUUGAUGGACGGCCUCAUAUGAUCUCAUUAGAGAUACAAUUUUGUGACCAAGAAUCCAACAUGAAAAGUAAUUAUGUGUAAUUAGAUUUCGUAGAUCAUGUUAGUAUGUAUAUCAUGUUUUGCCAUUAUGUGGAUUUCUUGAUUUGGAAUGCCAUCUUGCCUAGUCUCCUGCUAUGUUGGUAUGUAAAAUCUAUCUUUGUAUCUUUUUAUGUAAAUUAGAGGUGGUAAUAGUCAAAAGAUACACAAGGUUUUUCUA